UUUACGGUUACAAUGGCACGUACCAAGCAGACCGCUCGCAAAUCGACAGGAGGAAAAGCGCCUCGCAAACAGCUGGCCACAAAAGCUGCAAGAAAAAGUGCUCCGGCUACCGGUGGCGUGAAGAAACCCCAUCGUUACAGGCCUGGCACUGUGGCCCUCCGUGAGAUCCGUCGUUAUCAGAAAAGUACAGAGUUAUUAAUCCGUAAAUUGCCAUUCCAAAGACUUGUUCGUGAGAUUGCUCAGGACUUCAAGACGGAUCUUCGCUUCCAGAGUUCUGCUGUAAUGGCUCUUCAGGAAGCUAGCGAGGCAUAUCUUGUCGGUCUUUUCGAAGAUACGAACUUGUGCGCUAUUCAUGCUAAGCGAGUUACCAUCAUGCCUAAAGAUAUCCAACUGGCACGUCGUAUCCGUGGCGAGCGAGCUUAAUUAGGCGCAAUGAAUUAAAAAAAAUAUUUAA